AUGAUCAAAACGAGCAUCAUAUUCUUGAAUGUUUGUGAUAUGAGAAAGUGUGUUUUUUGCAGAGAAGAAACAGUGGUGGCACUAGUGAAAUAUGGUGCGUAUGUUGGGGUGUUUGAUGACCCAACACCUAUGAAUCCAGCAUUGUCAAGAUUCAGGCACAUUUUCGUGGGCAUAAAGUUCGAAAGCAUUAUAAAAAAGUGGUGUGGUCGGAAACAAAAAUAUGUUGGAGUGGAAAAGGCAUUGGCUAGGGUGUAUUCUUGUGGGGAGGUUGGGGGUGGCAAAGAUAGAUACACAGUUGAUGAUAUUGAUGAAAUUCGAAAAGAAUGGUCUUCCUUUGUGGCAACCUUUAUUUUUCGGUGAUCUUUUGUAC